CUAUGGUCUAUGGAUAUCUGUACGGUGAUACGGGUGGUCAUCUUUGAACAUUUCUUCAAAAAAUAUUAAAUGAAGGUGCUAUAAGCGUUGAUUUUAUGAAAAAACUGUAGGUAUAUAUUAGUAAAUAAUGAUCUUACUCGAGAUCAAUAAUAGAAUUAUAGAAGAAACUCUAACUGUGAAAUAUAAAAAUGCAUUGGCCAGUUUAAAGCCAGAGUCUAUUGAUGUGACAGUAGCAGACUUUGAUGGAGUUCUUUUUCAUAUAUCUAAUAUCAAUGGAGAUAAAACCAAAGUUAGGGUUAGUAUAUCACUCAAGUUUUACAAGCAGUUAGAAGAACAUGGGGCAGAUGAGUUGCUUAAAAGAGUUUAUGGGCCCCUCCUUACGGAACCAGAGUCGGGUUACAAUGUAUCAGUGUUACUUGAUCUGGAGAACAUCCCAGAUGACUGGGAGGACAUCGUGAAGAAGGUUGGCCUGCUAAAGAGAAACUGCUUCGCGUCAGUAUUCGAAUGCUACUUCCGGCUGCAGGAAGAUGGCGAUGUUAGCAAAAAGCGGGCCGUUAUCAAUUAUCGACAAGAUGAAACUUUGUACGUUGAAGCGCAAGAAGACCGAGUGACGGUGGUUUUCUCGACCGUUUUCCGGCACGAAGAUGACAUGGUUAUCGGAAAAGUGUUCAUGCAGGAACUUAAAGAGGGAAGAAGAGCCUCACACACUGCCCCACAGGUGUUAUUCUCACACAGGGAGCCGCCAUUAGAACUCAUGGACACUGAUGCAAAAGUAGGCGAAAAUAUCAGUUAUGUUACGUUUGUGCUGUUCCCGCGGCACACGUGCUCCGAAGCGCGUGACAACACCAUCGACCUGCUGCACAUGUUCCGCGACUACCUGCACUACCAUAUCAAGUGCUCCAAGGUAUACGUGCACUCCCGCAUGCGCGCUAAGGCCGGCGAUCUCCUCAAGGUGCUAAAUCGCGCGCGCCCGCAGAAUACAAGCCGCCCCGCCGAACGGAAGACAAUCACGGGAAGAACAUUUGUUAGGCGAGAUUGAGUGUUGCGAGCCGGCGGGACGUAGGCGCCGACCACAGCACAGCUGUCCUCCUGUUUAAAGUACGACCUGUAACGACGCCACUCCGGUAACAUCUCACAACCAUAGGAACUUCCACCGAUCACCGCUCACCACACACCGUCGGAUGGUUACUGUCAGGAAGUGCAAUAAACAUUAAGUCAUACAAUCCACCUUGUAAAGCGAACAAUUUUCAUAUAACUAACUUGAGGAAACUAACGAUAUUAUUAGAGUGGUCUCGUUCAAUCACAAUGUGCGUAUUUCUUUUUCUAACCAUAAAUUUGUAAGUUUUUGAGUUUACAACGUCACAAAGUACUUAUAAUUUCCAACAGUGAAUGAUCUAGCUGUUACAUGAGGCCAAUACAAAUGGAUUGCCAAAUAUUAUGAACACACAUGCUCAAUCGUACUGCCGAUGGACAAUUUUGUGAUUGAGUGAUGGAAUGUGCACAUUGUAUUAAUAUUUAUUUUCAAUUCUUCGAGAAUAGCGUAAAGUCUAAAUGUUGCCGUAGGACUUGUUGAUAACAAAAUUAUGCUUUAAUAUAAUGAGAGUUCUAUUUAUAGCACUGCGACAUUAAACUUGGGUUCCUAUAGCGUACACCUGGACAAAUAGAACCGUUGUUCGUAAUGGCAUAGUGAGAUGGGAGAGAACCCUCCACUUUGCUUACGUAAUUAUGUUGAUAUAAGUAAUGCAAUUACCAAUCCUCAAGUAGGGUAUAAUGUACUAUAUAAAAUCUAGCUUAUAUUUGUUUCGGUUUACAAACUUGUAAAAAUGUAUAUCUCUGAAAUGUCGUGAUGACAGAUAUAAUGCACGAACAUAUAUUAAUUAUUUAAACACUGUCCCAUUUAGUUUAAUAAUGUUAUGCAAUACGUGAACAAUAUUUUAUAUAUAAAAAAUACACUUUCGUUUUAGGUAGGUCGGAUUCAAUUAAAUAUAUAUUGUAAGUGAAAAUGUACAGUCUCAAUAGAUUCUUCCAUAAACAAGAUCACGAUGAAUAUAACACAAUGGCCUUAUUUGUGAUUGUCGUUGGUUUGUGUGCGACGCGACGUCCCGCGCCGUGCGUGAUCGUCGCGAUCCUUCGGUCCUAUAGAGUCGCUAGUUUAGAUCACGGUCUUAUUAAGUGCAAUUCAAUUACAUACUAUUUUAAAUUCCAUUGUGCAUUUAAUUUUUAACACAAUAUAUUAUAUAUGAGUAGGCUCCUAAUUUUAGCAAAAUUAUUUUAUCAUAACGUACUAUGUUUUGAAAUGUUAUAUUUAGUGUUUUAGAUGAAAAAUCAAAUAAUACAAAUAUUUUUACAUCGUCAACACAUCGCACCAAAAAUAAUUGCUCAAAGUAUAUUGAAACACCAAGGAGCCCAUUAUGAAUGGUGGUAAUGUGUUGAAAUUGACAGGAAAGUAAUAGAAGAUGCUAUGAAUCCAGUACAUAUAUUAGAAAGAGUUAAAAUAUAGGGUUGCGAGGAACUAGAGCGUAAGGUAAUUACUGUGUUGGGCUGAGAUUGUGGCGUAAUUUAAAACGAGUCAUGGACUGAGAGUCGUUUAGGCUACCAAAACUGUUUGUCUGGAAGUUAUUGGAGUUAUAUAAAAUAUUAAUAUAAUUUGCUAAGUCAUAAAAUAGUUAAUGAGAGGAGUAUAACAUGACAGUUGAUAAACACAUCAUACAGAGUGUAUGAGUGCCCAUGAAUGUAAUACCAGCAUGUAGAAACAAUUUAACUAUUAAAUAAAAUUUUUGUAGCUAACUUGAAUUUAUGUAAUUUUUAUUUGCCAGAUGUAUUAUUUAUGUAUAAUGAAAUGUAAGUUAAAUGUUGCUUUAAAGUUACGGCUACAAUUUGAUAAUUGUUUUUUUUACUGUCAGUUUUUAUGCGAGAUUAUGUAAACUGAGAGGAAGUUAUUUGUGAAUAUGUAAUUAUUCUUGUGAUUUAAAAUCCGUUUAUACCUUCUGUAUUUUUAUUUUCUAGAUUAAAGAAAACAUCUUA